AUGGCUUUAUUAGGAAAAACAUUAAAAGGUCGAACAACUAAACCUGGAGGAACAGAAUAAAAAAGAAACAUAAAAAUAAGAUAAAUCACAAAAUCAUAAUAAGAAUUUGAAGAAAGUCAAAAAUAAGCAUAAGUAAUUUAAGCUUUUAGAUAUAGUUUAAAAAAGAGUAACUGCGAAGUAAAAUCAGAGAGGAAUAAAAGAUAGUCAAUUUCAAUACAAAAAAACUUAUGGCUUAUUGGAGAAGAACAAUGAGAGCUGUUAAAACUGAAUAAUUGAAACUAGACAUAGAAUUAUACUCUUAAAAUAAUAAAAGAGAAUUGGAUUCUAAAGAAGCAUUUAUUUAGAUGUUAGAUAAGAAUCUAGAUGAAGCAGAAGAUUAAUAUUAAAUUGCUUUAAGAAAUCAUCUUAUUCAUCUUGAAAAUUUUCAUCUCUUGUAAGAAAGUAGAAAUAGAGCAUUAUUAGAGGAAUUUGAAAGAGAUAUCAAAAUACUUUAAGAAGAAUUCCAAAUUGAAUUUGAUGAUAUGACUAAAACUCAUAAAUAAUAAGUUAAAGAGUUGGAAGAUAUGAUUAAGACAGUUGAAGAAGAAGAAAAAAGAAAAGCAGAAUAAGCUAAAAAUUAACAUUAAACUAAUAGAGAAGAAACUAAAAAUAAAGAUGUAGAAGAUACAAGCCAAAUGAAAUAAUAAUUAGAAGAUAAAUAAACAAAAUUUUAUAAUGAUUUAGAAUAAAUGCAUCAAAAAUAUCAAUCAGAUACUGCUAAGAAAACUGAAGAUCAUACAAAAUAUUAUGAUGCAAAUAAGGAUAUGUCUAAGAAAAUUGAAAGACUUGUAAGAUCAAUAGCUAGUAAGAAAGCAAAAAUAGAUUUAACUAAAUAUAAAAUAUUAUAACANUAGCAAUCUAAUGACAUCAAGGUCUUAAAAUUAAAAACUCCUAUCAACAGAAAUUACCUCUUAUCUGAGUAUUAUGGAAGGUUUCCAAGAAAAUCAAGAAAUUAAGAUAGAUAAUCUUCAGUUGAUUAAGAUUAAUCUUAUUUUAAAACAUUCUAUAAGGGAACCUCUGUUCCAAAAAAAUGA